AUGGGCUGUUGUUACACGAGGAACGAUUAUGUUGUUGAAGGGAACGCCCAGUUGUGCCCCUGUUGCGUGCAGAGGAGUAAAGAAAACGAGAAGGCAGAAGGGAAAGUGGAUAUUUCUUGGAGCGGGACCUUGACCGUGAAGGAUCUCGUCUACAAUCAUUCUGGACUCCGCCCGUUUUCCCGACCUUCCUCUUCCCUCUACACCUCUGUCAUCCAGUCACUCACCCGAGACUCUCUCUACCCUCACGUGAGAGUGAGCGAGAAGGGAGUGAAGGUUCAUCGUCUCUCUUCCGGUUUUACAUCCUCUGUCUUGAGCUUCAUGUCCGAAGAAUCCAACGCCGUCCUUCCUUCUGCUAGGCUCCCUUUGCUCAUGCCUUCGCUCACCCUUUCCAAGCUGUGA